AUGGUCAGCCAUUGGGUUGUGUUAGUCCUCUGCUGCCUGGGACAGCUUUGUGCAGAUCAGAGCAUGAAACCUCGGCUUGCAGCCCCUCAGCUUGCAAUAAACAAUCCCACUCUCACUACAAUUGCUCUAGAGAAACCUUUCUGUACGUUCGAUAGCUCACUACAUCCAAACAAAUCUUAUGCCAUCUACUUGUAUGUAAUGAAAAGUUCAGCAAGCACAACAAGCUCUGUGGUGACUGACAGCAACAGCAAGCCACUUGACAGCACAUUCCAGCAAACACUUGGGGGAAAUCUUGGACCUUACAAGGCUGCCUCAUUCGAUGUACCCAACUGUGUGUCACCCCCCAAGCUUGCUGAUGCGGGAGACAUCAACAAAGUUUCUGACGUCCUGAAACAAUACCUCUUCAGAGUUGGGGAUGAUGGGACUUGUUUGUAUGACCCAAACUUCUUAGACAUCUGCAAUCCACCUCUUGCACCAGACACAACAUACAGGUUUAAAUAUGUGUUGGUUGAUAACACUGAAGGUAUCAUGAAAGACCAAACUCUUUGGUCUGAUCCAAUCAAAACCAGAAAAGCUAAACUUCCCAUGAAAAUUGAUAUUUGGCCUGGUCGAAGGAGUGGAAGCAUGAUCGUCAUUACGUCAAUUCUAAGUGUGUCAGUGUUCCUUCUGCUUGCUGGCUUGCUCGCUUCUGUGUUUUCUGCUCUUGUGGAAUCAGAAGAUCCUUCUGCAGAGACAAAGGGCACAUCUGGGACUACUCAACAGAGUGAACUGAGACCACAGCUAAGCUCUGAGUGA